AUGCACUUAAUCAGUCAGUACGACAGGUUCCUGAAAUUUGAUAUGUACAGGGUGGAAAAGAUUAAAUCAGCAUCUGUGAGAUCUAAAACAAACGUGUGCUCUUUGAAUCCGAUUCCCGCAAAACUUAUUAUACAGUUUAUGGAUUGUCUGUCGCCGUUUUUCUGUCUUAGGAUAAAUUCACCGUGCAAAACAAAAAUUUCCCAGAGUUCAGUUAUUAUCACACCACCGCGUAAGAAAAAUGGUUUGGAUAAAAAUGAAAACAUUUAUAUACAUAUAUCCAAUCUACAAUUGCUUCAAACGUCUAGUGCUGACUCCUCUGUUGAAUCAUAUAUCCUCCCAUGGACUCUUGCCACCAAUUCAGUUAGCCUACAGGCCAGAUUCGUCUAUGAAAACAGCUCUCGCAAAGGUAUUUUGACCUCCAAAAAAACAAAUCAAAUCAAAAGUAGCAAAUGUCUGGAAGGAGCCCUCAAGCAAAUAGUCGAGCACAACUACCUCAACAAAAAAAGAUCAUAA